AUGAUCCUGGCUGUCUGUGAGUACCGCCAGGCAAGGCUGGGCGAAUUCCAGGUUUCAGAUUCAGCUGCGCGUCCACUUGCACCUUAUCUGAAGAUGUCUUUUCGGAGCAUGGUUCGUGAUAUAAGGGAAAGUUUUGGGAAUAUAUCGAGGCGGAACUUUGAGGUGAGAAUUCACCACAGAGGGAAGUCUCUUGGAUCUUCAAGUGACUUGCAAGACAGGCCUGCUGAAAUUCAGCAAAGCAGGUGGGCUAGCCUUCCUCCUGAGUUACUCCGCGAUGUGAUGAAAAGGUUGGAGGAAGAUGACAGUAGCUGGCCGGAUCGCAAGGAUGUUGUUUGUUGUGCCUCUGUUUGCACAACCUGGAGGGAUAUGUGUAAGGAUAUAGUGAGAAGUCCAGAACAUUGUGCAAAACUCACAUUUCCAGUAUCUCUUAAGCAGCCUGGACCCCGAGACGGAGUAAUCCAAUGUUUCAUAAAAAGGGACAAAUCAAAGCUAACAUACCGGCUCUACUUGUCCCUUAGUUCUGCUGUGCUUGAUGAGAACGGAAAGUUCCUAUUAGCAGCGAAAAGGAGCCGCAGGAUGGCGCACACGGAGUAUGCUAUUUUUAUGGAUUCAAGGAAUUUCUCCCGAGCGAGUACUGGCUACAUUGGGAAGUUAAGGUCAAAUUUCCUUGGAACUAAAUUUAUCAUCUACGACACACAGCCUCCGUACAAUGCCGGGAAACUUUGCGCACAGGAACGUGCCCCCAGCCGUCGGUUGUCUUCCAGGAAAGUUUCACCAAGAGUUCCAACGGGAAGCUACCCCAUUGCUCAGCUAAACUACGAGCUGAACGUGCUCGGAACCCGGGGGCCAAGGCGGAUGCAGUGUGCUAUGCAUUCCAUCCCCGCAUCAGCAGUCGAGCCUGGCGGUGUUGUGCCUGGCCAAUUGAAGGAGCGCCUCCCAAGGCUGUUCGACGAGUCCUUCCGCAGCACAGCAACUUCUUUCUCCAAGUACUCUGUCGUGGACAGCUCCAUGGACCUGAGCAGCUGCCGGUUCUCCGAGCUCAGUGGAGGGGCUCUGCAAGAAGGCAGCGACGACUCAGAGAAGGAGAAGCCUCUGGUUCUGCGCAACAAGGCGCCUAGGUGGCACGAGCAGCUGCAGUGCUGGUGCCUCAACUUCCGCGGGCGCGUCACUGUGGCCUCGGUCAAGAACUUCCAGCUGAUAGCUUCCGCGCCACAGCCAGCUCCCGUGGGGGCUUCUUCUGCUCCACCACAGGCGGCAACACCUCCUACACAGACACAGCCACAGGCCUCCGUUCCAUCUUCGUCGUCGUCCAGCCAUGCCCAUGACCCGGUGAUCCUGCAGUUCGGCAAGGUUGGGAGGGACAUGUUCACCAUGGACUACCGGUACCCGCUGUCGGCCUUCCAGGCCUUCGCCAUAUGUCUGACGAGCUUCGACACCAAGCUGGCCUGUGAAUGA